GGAAAACCUCGCGCGUCUGUCAUCCCAGUCAUCCCAAGUAAAAGAAAAACAAAAUUACGUACACGGAUCCUAAUAAUAUUGUGGUACAACAAUUGUCAUAAUCGCGCGGAAUAAGGUGCGUUGUAUGUUGUCGUGUCUUGUGUGUGUUUCUCCAGGGUGCGCACAGAUACAGGACGAGGCGUAAGUACGAGGUUGUGUUUUGUGCGGGACGUUCCCCCGCACACUCCGCGGAGCAUAUUGCAUUACAUGUGCAGAGGGAAACGAAGAAGAAGAAGCUUACAGAACUCUCGAACUGAAAUAUAAAUAGCGGGUGUUUUGUGUUCUGUUGAUAUUGUAGUAAAGCUGGAUAAUAACAACGAGGACGAGGAAAGCAGCCGUGCCAAAAUGGGCAGGUCCGACGACAUCGAGGACUCGACGUUCGUUAAGCACCAGGACUUGUGUCAGAAGCUCAACAUGGAUGCGAGCGCGGCUAACGAAGCCUGGACCUCUUACGAGAACAUAAGGCAGCACUAUACCCUGGAGGGUGACCAGCUGCACUGGAUUGGGUGUGCUCUUUACGUUGCUUGUCGUAAAGCGACUACACCCACUGUGGGAAAGACUGGGACGAAUAUUCAAGGAAAUUGCGUUUCCUUUACAAGGCUCCUUAGACUCUGUAAUUUGCCUUUGAUAGAGUUUUUCGACAAAAGCAAAGCAUGGGCAGAUAUGUGCAACAUGCCCAAAGACUUUGGAGCAAGAAUAGAUACCCUUCAGAGUAACUUUGCCGUUUCAUCGGUGAUAUUCCAAAAGUACCAGCCUAUUUUCAAGGAUAUUUUUAAAAAUCCAGCUGAGGAUUUGGGCAGACCAGUCCGAGUGCGAAGACACAAAGCUGUACCUUGCACUCCUACCAGACUCUUUGAGUUCUGCUGGUCACUUUUUAUUUGCAUCAAAAGUGGAAUUUCAACCAUUUCUGAUGAUCUGGUUAAUUCCUAUCAUUUGUUAAUAGUAUGCUGUGAUUUAAUGUAUAGCAAUGCUCUGCUAAGUAAUCGGAAAGAUUUGUUAAAUCCUGAAUUCCCUGGAUUACCAGAGAAUUUCAAAGACGAUAACUUCACCCCACCGGAAACUGCUAACUGCAUUGUAAAUUUGCUCUGUGAUCGUCACAAGGCUAUUGCCGUUGAAGCUAUGAGUAUCAAAGAAUACUCUUUGAAACGCUAUGUAAAUAAGUUGUUCAAUGAAAAAGUCAUCAGAGGGGAUCAGUCCACUUUUUCUGGUAUCUUAGAGCCUUUAAAUUUCGAUGGAAAUAACAAGGCUGUCAACAAAGCUUACGAGCAGCAUGUCCUCAGCCAUGGAGACCUAGAUGAAAGAAUAUUUUUAGCUGAGUGGAGAAGGAUAAGAUUAGAUGGUGUAUCACGUGCGCCACUUAAUGACGAAGAAAUAGCUUGGUGUAUAACAAAAGGACCAGACUCCAUUCAUAGUAUUGGCUCAUCGCCUUCUAAAAUGCUAAAUAUUCAUGACCUCCAAGAACAGUUUCAAUCUAAAAAAGAACAACUAGCAACGAUGCAACAUUUGGCACCUCCCACACCUCUUACUGGCCGUAAAUACUUGAAAACGAAGGAUGUGUCAAAUGCUGCUCCUACAUCGAAUCCAGCGCAAAGCGUCAUUCGUUUGCAAUCGCUUCUAGUUGGCUGUCAAGCGGCACCAUCUGAUGCCCUUCUUGAAAUUUUUAACAACAGCUCGUCGGAUACUCAAGCUUUCGUAGAGAGUAAAGUUAAAGAAUUGGGAAAAUUAUUUUGUGAUGCAUAUUCGCCGAAAGUUGUCGAUCAACUAGACAACUCUAUAGACUUUGGCAAGAAGCGUUUACAGUCGUCACAAACACUAUUUUAUAAAGUUUUGGAAAUGGUUUUGAAUGACGAAAAGGCAAAAAAACCAAAUUUCGAUGUAGCGACUCUCUUGAAAAACGAAGUUUUUCUCAAGUGCAUGUUUGCAUGCUGCUGCGAAAUCAUCGUUUACUCGUAUCAAAACAAGGACAGGACGUUUCCUUGGAUUUUGGGAGCACUCAAUUUGGAAGCCUACUGUUUUUACAAAGUCAUUGAGGUUAUUGUCAAGGUAGCUGUAGAUCAGCUAACGCGAGACAUGGUCAAGCACUUGAAUCGCAUCGAGGAAAUGAUUCUGGAAUCUUUGGCCUGGAAAUCAGGUGGACCUCUGUGGCAAGCACUUGAGAGUUGUGAAGGUGGUGUGCCAUCCUUCGAGGAUGUCGCACUGCCAGGUACGUUUGACCUGGUGGAUCCUAAUACCCCAGGUCAGCCGGUUCUAAGAAGAAUUGCUCUCGAUCGAGGAGCACAUCACAGUGAUGUUACUCAAAGUCCCAUCUCUUCGGCUUCCGAAAGAUUUCAAUCACCAGUGCCAGUAUCGGGUCUCGUUAAAAAACGUCUUUUCGCAGACCCAAAGCCCACGACGCAGAGUGUAUUGAAAGCUGGUGGCAAUCCAAGCCUGAUAUCAAGAUUAAACCUCAAUUCUGAGCAGAAAAACAGUGGUGGUCCAGUUUCGAGUACUCCAAUAGCCACGAUAAACCGCGAUCAGAGUAAACCCCGUAGGACAGGCUCGCUCGCGCUUUUCUUCCGUAAAUUUUAUAAUCUCACCAUCACGCGCAUGCAGACCAUCUGCAAUGCCUUAAAUAUCACAGAGACUGAUCUUAAGAAGAAAAUUUGGACAAUUUUUGAGUACUCGAUCAUGGAGAGAACCCACCUUAUGAAGGACCGUCAUCUGGAUCAAAUACUCAUGUCCGCCGUUUACGUAAUUUGCAAACUUGGCAAGAUCGAGAAGAAUACCUUCACAGAAAUUAUGCGCUGUUACAGAAUGCAGCCCCAGGCUGAGUCGCAUAUAUAUCGCUCGGUUCUUAUUUCUAGAGUAUCAAAUAACGCAGAAGCGAUGGCGGAAAAUGUUACCAGAAAUAACGCAUUGAGCAACUUGACGCCACCUUCUCCAUCCGAAAUGGCAGCGACCUCGCGUAUCUACGGGUCCGACGAACGUGGUGAUCUGAUCAAAUUCUACAACACUAUCUAUGUACCAGAAGUAAAAGACUUUGCCAAAAAAUUGGGUUUGGCUGAGGGUAAUAUUUCAAAUCUUACUCUGAGUCCACUUCCAAAGGGUCGUACAAUCAUCAACAGUUCACCUGUUCGUCGAGUUACGGAAAGUGUGAUGACGCGUGUAUUGGAUCCUAAAGAAAUUAUGGCCUCGCCUGCGCCCCAACUGCAAUACUGUUUCAGUCGUAGCCCUGCCAAGGACUUGGAGUCAAUCAACAAAAUGGUAACAUCAGUUGAUGCGAGAAAAUGUGUUGGUAAGCGCUUGCUCUCUGAUGAUUCGUCAACCCUACAAGUGGAAGACGAACCGAAUUCGAAAAAAAUAGUAACCUCUCAAACUUUGAUUUCCAAAAAAUUGGAAAAUGUUUUAGGGGAUCGUCGUACGCAAAAUCAGUAAAUGGCAUAAUACCAUGAUGCUAUGUAUGCCAGAAUUUUGCGUUAUUUAUUCGAAAUUUAUAAUGGAGAACAAAUAACGUUUGUAUUUUCAUACUAUAGCUUUAAAGUCGUGCGUUUCAGCAGACCUUGAUACGCAAUCCAUACCUAUCUGCUUUGGCGAUGACAUAUAAAAAUUAAAAUUUAGUACCAAAUCAGUGUAAAAAAAAGAAAAAAGAAAAAAAGUUUCAAACGAUCUCUUUCGCUGGAUGAUUUUAUGAUUACACAUUGUUGUGCAUCAACAGUUGAGAAAUCUUCAAUUUUGUGGAUUUAAUGUGUAUCUAAAAAGGUAAUCAAUGAUUGUCAUAAUGUGAUUUAUCUUUAAAGAAAUUUUCUGAAGAAACAAUUAGGGUUAAAAUUUUUUUUAAUUAUUAAGGCGAAUCUCGCGCUCUCGUGACUGAUUGAAAAAGCAUAGGGCGGGCAUUUCUCAAUCGACUCGUGAUAUUAGACAGAAAUGUCAUUGGCACAUAAGAGACUUUUCAUGCAAAAUUAAAUUGGCCAAGCUUAGUUAUUAAAGGGUAUAGUAAGCACAAUCACGUAUCUUGAACAUUAGUGAGAUCAGGUUUAUUGUUAGUUGGGGUGUCUUAAGCAGCUAUCACCUGACAUUAUUUCACUAAAUAGUUUGUUUAUAAGAAGUAUAUAAACAUUUUUGAUGAGAAUUUCUCUAUCGGUAUCUAUUAGUCAUUAGUGUUCCUUAAGAUUUGACUAGUAAGCAGUUUAUGUAAGCUUGAUGUUAUGUUCUAACUUAGAACCUUUGAAUAUCCCAUGCAAAUUUUAAUUUUAACUAAUUUUUACAGCUUUAGACUUAAGUCUAUUGUCUUUUCACUAGAGUAUUAAAUUAUUUUAUGGCGACAGUUAACCUUGUAAUUGCAAUUCAUGCAGUUUUUAAAAAUGUUAUUCAUUCAUAAUUUUAAUAAACCCUUACAAAGUAGUUUUUUUAAAUCCAGUAGUUC